CAUGAUUGAUUCUCAUUUUGACAUUAAUAGUCAGAGACAUGCUGAGUUAGCAAGUUAAUAAUUAUUCACUCUGAAGAUAAUAUAUUAUUUAUUGCAGGUAUUUAGAAUAACUCUAUAAAAUCGAAAUCUCCUUAUAUCAAGGAUAAGUAUUUACUAUCUGAUCACUAUAUGAAUUAGUAUGGUCAUCUGAACAAUCUACUCAAAUUAUAUUUAUUAAACAUUAGUCUGUAUUAGUAUCAAGAGG